AUGCAAAGGCGCCUUCAGUUGGAAGCCGAACGAGAGGCGCUACUCGAUGCCAUGCGACGUAAUUUGUCGCGGUCGCGUCGCACCGCCAAUGUCAAAGCUGCUCAAGCUACCUCUGUCGCAGAGAACAACGAUGCGCAAACUAGCACUUCAAUAAUGGCGCACGUCUCGCUGAAGAGGGAGCCUUUCAUUGAUCCAGCCGACCAGGUCUUCUACUUUGAUCAGGUGUCAGGCCUGCUAAGUCUCCGUCGCUUCUUGGGCCGUCGGAGCGAGCCCGGAGGAGCGCUCUGCGAAUCAAUGGGCCUUGGAAAGACGCUCGAAAGCCUGUCUCUCAUUGCAGCUCAUCCUCGCCCUGACAAUCCCAGCCUCUUAGCGUACGACACUUCGCGUAGCGCCCGCAUGAUCGCAGAGAUGCAGCCCUCGGAGCGGCCGUUCGUGUCGCGGGCCACGUUGGUCGUGUGUCCCGCUGCGUUGGUAGAGCAGUGGAUGGACGAGAUCCACAAGCAUUUCCGCAGCCGCAGCACGCUUCUUCAACCGACAGCAGUCAGUACAGCCGCUCCCAACCAGCAGCCGGGAGUAACUCGGUAUCGACAUGCCGACUUUGCCUGGGACAACCGUUCACGACGCAGGGAUGUUCGAGCACUUGCCAAGAGCAGACUUGUCGAACCAGACAUUGUCGUCACCACGUACGAGGAGUUGGCCUUCCAGCUCGCCGAGAGCCAUCGAGCGUCUCACAGCGAUGAUCAAGUGCGCACGCCUCUGCUUGAAGUGCUUUUCUGGCGCAUCCUCUUGGACGAGGCACAGAUCGUCGCCGGCGCAUCAGGCAAGGCAACCAACAUGGUCCACGAGCUUUGGCGCAGCAAUUGCUGGAUGGUCACAGGCACGCCAGUGACCAAAGGUAUCGGCGAUAUCCAAGGCAUAUUUGCGUUCUUGGACCACGACCCAUUUGCGGCGCCUCGCUUCUUCCGCGAAAUACUCCAACAACCUUUCAGUCGAGGUUGCGUAGAGGGAAUCCGCCGGCUACGUGCCAUCCUGCCGCGCUUCGUCUGGAGACACACGCAGGCGCACGUCGAGGAUGAGAUUGUCCUUCCCCCUUGCAAGAGCGAGGUGCUGGAGCUACCUCUUAGGCACAUCGAGAGGCUCUUCUACGACAAAGAGGUCGGCAAGUAUCGUGAAUCGUACACCAAGCAGGCCGUGCGAGGGGUAGCCAAUGUGGCUCAGCCGACGUUUCUCGUCCAUCUCCGCCAACUGCUCAGCCACCCUCAGGUCGCCGACGAGCUCAUGUACUCUCACAACUACUCUCGGUUGUCCUUCGCCGAGCUGUUUCACCGCUUUUGUCAACAGGCCGAGUCCGAGCUCGACUCGAUCCGCAUGCAAGUCGUCACUAAUACACUGCAGCUCGUUUGGGGCCACGAAUUUCGAGAAGCUGAAAAGGACAAGCGACAUUGGCGUGGCGGCCCCACCCCCUUCAGUGACUCUGAGAGCAUCUGCAAGCUGCUCAUUGGAGCGUUGCGAAUCGUCACGUUGGCGCUGGAUGAGGCUCGUGCCAGCAUGGAGGCGUCAUCGCAAGAUUCACAGCAGGCCACGGAGGCGGACUCCGAGGCUCAAGCAACAGAAGCCCCUGCUCCACAUGCACAGGCCGGCGUAGAUGCCGAUCGCGAUUUCAACGGCAAUGCAGACAAGGCGGCAGAUGCUGGUGAUGUUGAUGCUACAGCCUCGACAUUGGCAUCAAGCGCCGCCAUAGUCGGACAGCAAGGCUCGGGCUCAGCCGACCCGACAGCGAGGGUGAAUCUCACGUGGGAGGAAGCAAACUUCUGGCUGCAGACGCUCCUGGCGAAACAUGGCGAUCCCGUCGAUGGUGACAAUGUGGUGGAACAGAUCGAACCACCAAGUCGCUGGGACCCCGAACGGCCCACGCGCACUUUUUACGACAAAGAGUUCAAGAAUGCCAACGACGCUUCCGUCGACCUCAACGAUCCCCGUUACAACCUCGUCGUGCAAGAUGCCGGUGCUGAAGACAUGGACGUGGAGGAGUAUUUGGCGCAGAUAGAGGCAGAGCAAAGUGGCAAGCGGGGCAACAGGAGCAGCGGGCCGCGCAAAAAGGUCAAGAGAGAUGCCGCCUUCGAGCCGGGCUUGCUCAAGAAGUCACGCCUCCGAGGCAAAGCAUCACAGCGACAGACGGCUCGCGUCUGGAUGUACAAACCCAAGGAGCGCCUCGAGACGACGCACACGAGGCUCCUUGUUCAGCAGGCAGCCCUUCCGAGCAAGGAGCACGAGGCCGCCUUUUUGCGACAGCAGAUGCUCGAACUGGCUGCUGGGACAGGUCUAGAUGGCGGCCAGGCGGUUGGCUCGGACGCAGCCGUGGCCGAUGCGGGAUCCGACUGUCAGAUCUGCUACGAGCCCAAGGUGCAGAUUGGUGUGCUGCCGUGCUAUCACUCCUUCUGCGUCAACUGCAUCGACACACUCUGCGAAAAGACACCGCGAUCAAGCUACGCGUACGGCUUCGACCGGCCCCGGUGCCCUCAAUGUCGUCUCACUUUCACUCGCGAGCAGGUCACGCGGGUUAUGGAGCGCGGACGAUCUGCCUCGACAGACGGCUUGGAACAAGUGGUUGGCGACUGGAGCGGCAAGAUCUCAGGUCUCAUCAUGGACCUCAAGGCACGUUUGAGUCAAGAUUCGACGCACAAAGCAGUUGUGUUCUCGCACUGGCCCAAGAUGCUGAACUUUGUUCGUGAUGCUUUGGUGCAGAACGAGAUUGCGGCGGUGGUGUUCGGCGGCAACGAGGCUAAACAGGCAGAGGCCCUGAGAGCGAUCCGAGACGAUGAUCACGUACAUGUAAUUCUCGUGCCCUUCCGUGCUAGCGCGGGUGCAGCGGGUCUCACUCUCACCUCGUGCGAUCUCGCCUACCUCAUGGAGCCGGCUCUCGACGCAGCACUUGAGGCACAAGCGGUGGGGCGCAUCCAUCGUAUCGGUCAACGACGUGAAACCACCAUCGUCCGUGUCAAGAUGAAGGACACGAUCGAAAAUGCGGUAAUGCGCAUCGCUGAUGAGCGCUCGCAUCGAGGAAUGGAGCUUGCCACACACGUCGAGCCUAGGACCAGAGCGGCGACUAAAGCUACUGAGCCCGCGUCGGCUGCUAUGUUUGCUGGCGAUGCUGCUGCGGCCGAGCAAAGCUCAGUGCCGCCUGGCAGUCGAACAAAUGAUACCCAGCAACAAGCAGGUCCGUCCACAGGAGUCGAUAUCAAAGCCAAGGAGCAAGAUGUCAAGCAUGCUGGGCCUUCGACCACCGACCUACGAGAGCGAUCGAUCAAGUCUUCGGUGGCAGCCUCGGUUGGAAUUGGUCGCGAGUCGGACAAUACCAGCCUCACGAUGGGUGAAGUGGGUCUCAUCCUCGGCUUUGACAUUGAAGAGGAGAAACGAAAAGCAAGAGAGCGACGAGAGUCGCUGCUGCAGCGCGCAGGUAUAUAUAAUGCGAUCCCGAAUAUUACUGAACGACAACUCGCCUACCUCGAGGAGGAGCUGGCGUGGGUAGAGGAGGAGGAUGCCGAUUUCCCAAUGUCCGACAUUGGCCUGGACGAUCACUCAGACGCGGACGACGAUGACGACGAGAUGAUGGACGGCAGGGUCGACGUCGAAGUGGUCAUUUAG